AUGAUCAAUUUGUUUUCUAUUAAACAGCAAAAAAAGGAAGAAGAAGCUAAGGGAGGCAAUACAAAUCGAAAACGCGCCUCGGCAGCCCAACUUCGAAUUACCAAAGAUGUUAAUGAAUUGACAUUGCCAAAAACUUGUAAGAUUGAUUUCCCCAAUCCUGAUGAUUUAUUAAAUUUUAAAUUGACGAUAUUGCCUGAUGAGGGCUUCUAUAGAAAUGGACGAUUUGUUUUCUCCUUCAAGGUAAGCGUAUAUCAUCCGAAUAUCGAUCUUGAAGGCAACGUCUGCUUGAAUAUACUGAGGGAAGACUGGAAACCUGUACUGACGAUUAACUCCAUCAUUUACGGGCUACAGUUUUUAUUCUUAGAGCCAAAUCACGAUGAUCCAUUAAAUAAAGAUGCUGCUGAUGUUUUACGUCAGAACCGUCAAUUAUUUGAACAAAAUGUCAGCAAAGCAAUGCGUGGUGGAUACGUUGCAGGCGCUUACUUUGACCGAUGUUUAAGAAAUUAG